CUAUUUAAUCAAACCACUGAAUGAGCUUCUCUGUCUAGGUCCAGCAUCCUUUGAAGCAUGAGUUCCUACCAGCAGAAGCAGACCUCUACUCCACCCCCUCAACUUCAGCAGCAGAAGGUGAAACAACCCUGCCAGCCUCCACCUCAAGAACCAUUUGUCCCCAUAACCAAGAAGCCCUGCCACCCAAAUGUUCCACAACCUAGAAAAACCAAGGUUCCAGAGCCAGGCUACCCCAAGGUCCCUGACCCAGGAUGCACCCCGCUGCCUGAGCCUGGCGACACCAAGAACCCUGAGCCACACCCGGCAAUUGUCACUCCAGGCCCAGCUCAGCAGAAGACCAAGCAGAAGUAAUGUGGUCCACAGCCAUGCCCUGGGUGACCACCAGAUGCUGAAUAUCCUCUUCCCAUCCACUUCUGCAUCCUGUCUGUGGAUCUUAUGAUCAGUAUGUUGCUAUCCUGCAUCAUAGUCUCAUCCUUAUUUGUAUCCUAAAAUAUGUGCUAUGAAGCUUCUCCUGACACACACUCUGAAGAGUCCUCUGAGCCUCUGAGUUCAGCAGAAGACCUUCAUGGCUUGUUGGUCUUCAGCUGCUCAAGGGUCAUCUGAAAAGGAAUUCUUGAUGGGAAGAAAUGCAUGUUUCCUGCUGUGCAUUCAUUAAAUCACUUGUAGCUCCA